AGCCAGUUUGGUCGAGCCCUUCUGGCUCAGGUCCUGAAGCCUGGGUCUUCCCAGGUCUCAUGGGGGGGAGUCCUUUCAUGUUGCGCUGGGUCAAACGAUUCUAGGCAUGCUGCUACUCGCUGGCCUCCAGGUGGGUGACAAGGUAUGGGCCAAGGGUGAUCUGGGGAUGGAUCCCGUCCUCGUUCAAAAGUAUACAAGAGGCACGGUUGUGGGUCCAUCGACCUCUGAUGACAAAGAGCGUGUGUCCGUGAAAUGGGAGAAACUAUGCCAGACUGGCGGGGAGGGCUGCAAUAAUGUACUUCCCGUAAUGAUCGUGAAGACGUGCCCUCCCCUGCCUGGUGGUUUGAAGAUCGGUCACAUGGUUUGGGCGAAGGAUGAUCUGGGGAAGGAUCCAGUCCUCGUUCAAAAGUAUACAAGAGGCACGGUUGCAGGACCAUCGACUUCUAAUGACAAAGAGCGUGUGUCCGUGAAAUGGGAGAAGCUAUGUCAGACUGGCGGAGCAGGCUGCAACAAUGUGCUUCCCGUAAUGAUCGUGAAGACGUGCCCUCCCCUGCCUGGUGGUUUGACGAUCGGUCAGGAUGUAUGGGCGAAGGAUGAUCUGGGGAAGGAUCCAGUCCUCGUUCAAAAGUAUACCAAAGGCAUGGUUGCAGGACCAUCGACUUCUAAUGACAAAGAGCGUGUAUCCGUGAAAUGGGAGAAGGUCUCCAGUACUGGCGAGCAGGGCUGCAGCAAUGAGCUCCCGCGAAUGAUCACGAACACUUGCCCUCUUCAAAGAGCUGGAGAACUAAAGCGUGCCAGUACUGGCGUCGUUGAGCCACCAGGCAAGAAGGUCCGAACUGAGGGAGUGAAUGUUGAACACACUCUCGAUGCUGAGGCGCAACUUUGCACGGUCUGCUUGGACGCGAAGAAGACUCACAUAUGUGUGCCUUGUGGCCACAUCUGCGUGUGCGAAUCUUGCGCGAGCUCCUUGUGCAAGCAACCGAAGUUGUGUCCGCUUUGUCGGACAUCUUGCACGCAAGUGAUCAAAGUUUUCUUUUAGGCAGGGCAAUGGUGUAGCGCACAUCUGCGUUGUGCUUCCGGUAGGCCUGUUCAGCGUGCGUGGGGAAUGAGCAGGAACACGUGACAUGUCCAGGGAACAGACAGACCAUUUGAAACAACAGUCCAGGGGGAUGGGCCCAGACUCCUGUGAGUCGAAGUCAUGAG